AAUCAAAGUGAUGGCAGCGUCUGACGUAAUAUGAAAGUAUUAGAGGUCUAAAAAUCUUUCGCCAUGAAAUCACCUGAGGCCGCAAUCACGAGAUCUCGCGAGGAUUCCACCCCUUAGCAACCGACAUGUUAACGUUGGAUACCACCGGAGUCGUGCUCAGGGCAGAUAGACGCCACAGACUGCCACCCACAUGCAGUCUACCAGCGGGAACCAACCUUGGUCCCCGGGUCCGUCUCUGUGGAGCCUGAUUAUUGAGCAUGUCCCAAGAUCUGAGAUGCCCAAGAUUCAUGCCACGCUGGGCUCCUCGCUGGUUGACACGUACACAGAGCUACACGCAGAGGCAGUCAUGUGGUACAAAAUAUGGCAGGACAGCCAACAGGGUGGGGCCCAGUUCUCCCGUCCAAAGGGCCCCCUGGCCGACCCGCCGGUGAUCAAGGAGCUGGUGAGGGCCGAGGUCAGGAUGCUGCUGGAGAAUCUCCAAGAGAAAUUCCUCAGGGAGGGAAGACACGAUGAGGAGUUCUUAAGUCGUUACAACGCCAAGACUGUAAACUUUGCCCUGGGUCGCCUUGACAUCAACAAGCCCAAAGAUGAACUCAGCUCACUCUCUUCCAACCAGUUGAGCAUCGAAGGAGAGAUUGAAGCGAUGAAGGACAAGCUGAAUAUCAUCGACAUCAACAGCGUGGUUCAACAUCUAAAGUCUAUCCUAACUGAAGAAUGUACCGCACUGAAAGCAAAAGUACAGCACAUACAGGAAAUGAUCAAAAAGCAGUGCAGGAGUGAGGCUGAGGGGGUCAAUAGUGAACCAACCCUUGCAGAAUUGAAAGAACUAAGAGGGGCUAUUCAAAAAGACUUUGAGCUUUACCCCUCGCCUCCCUUGCAUGUGGCAGAGAAACCGGUGAGGCCAACCUAUAGGUGCAGACUGUCAACAGGACAAAAGAACUCUGAUAAAACCUUGUACACAUUAACUUCUACCUCUUUCCGAAUGCCACAUCCUCCCUCCGCUCCACCUCACGUGAACUUUUGUGGCUCUCUAAAGCCAAUUGACACUUUGGAGAACACCUCAAGGACUUCCCAUCAGCAUAAAAGUGCCACGACAGCGUCUCGACACAGAAAAGUCCGCCUUAAGACCACUGCCAGUGACCCGGUGGUGAUGGAGCCUUCGCGCUUGGAGGAAGAUGACUCAGAUUUCCUCUGGCGUCUUCUCACCACCGCAGAUAGCUCACCCUUCUUCCCCACACAGUAUCUCCAGCCUGGGUGAUUUAUGAAUUUAAGAAAGUUAUCUGAAACACUUUGUGCAGUGAAAGAUUGCAGUUACAGUAGAACAAGGUUAAGCGUGGGCAAGAUGUGAGCCAAUAGAAAAGAAGCCAUUGUGUGUGUCCGUCAGUGGUAGUCCGUGUGUGUGAACUCAAGGCAAACAUGGAUAUCGUUUUUUGAACAAGUGUUGACAACCCAGUCACUUCCGCAAGGAUGACUACUCAGCCAUCCCGCUGAUAUCAUCCAAGACUUUUCUUCUGGAAGUUCACUCUGGUAUGAGGAGCGCUACAGACCCAUUUCAUUGUACUAAUGUAUGGCGAGUUUAAAAUAUCAAAGUGUUCGCUAGCCCUGGUGCAUGUGCAUAAUCUGGGAAGUUUUCGUUCAUGUUUGGUUCCCUACAAAUGUGUUUACGAAGAAGAAAAAUUGUCCUCCCAGAAUUCGGUGCUGGCUCUACUAACCAAAUUACAACAUCUUUCACAAAUCACUCAAAUCAAAAUGAAUAAAAAGCAAAAUAAUUUA